GUCAAAAUGUCAGCGUCCUGGUGUUACAUGAGAAAAUUUUACCGAGAGUUUUCAGUAAAAUUGUACAAACCUCUUUUCGGUCGAACUUCGUUUUAUGACACCCCAACAUGCAGAUUUUGUUCAACUCACAAUAAAAACAAGAAGGAUACAGAGAGGAAAAGGGCAAAAUCUCAGAAAGGACCAGUUACAUAUGAAUCAGAAAAAUACGAUGUGCCAACAGAACCUGGAGCCAAAAAGGAUGUUUCCUGUCCCUUACCCAGAAGUUACAGUCCUGAAUUUGUGGAGGCAGCUUGGUAUGAUUGGUGGGUGGACCAAGGAUUUUUUACACCAGAGUAUGGGAGUGAAAGGGGAACUUCUCGAGAGAAAUUUGUAAUGUGUCUUCCUCCCCCAAAUGUGACAGGAACCUUACAUCUUGGACAUGCAAUUACAAAUACUAUCCAAGAUGCUCUUGUUAGAUGGCAUAGAAUGAGAGGUUAUGAAACUCUGUGGGUCCCCGGCUGUGACCACGCAGGAAUUGCCACCCAGGUGGUGGUGGAGAAGAGACUAUGGAAGGAGAGAAGGACGACGAGACACAACAUUGGCAGAGACGCUUUUGUCCAAGAGGUGUGGAACUGGAAGCAAAGUAAAGGAGAAACAAUAUAUGAUCAAAUGAAGAAACUAGGAUCCUCUUUGGACUGGAGCAGAGCUUGUUUCACCCUCGACAAGGAUUUAUCCAAGGCUGUAACUGAAGCCUUUGUUAGCCUCCAUGAUGAUGGACUGAUCUACAGGAAAAACAGAAUGGUUAACUGGUCAUGUCAACUACAAUCUGUGAUAUCAGAUAUUGAAGUAGAAAAUGUAUCCCUCACAAAGCGAACACAUCUGAACAUUCCUGGAUAUCAAGAUAAAGUGGAAUUUGGAACUUUGACGUCAUUUGCAUAUCCUGUGGUGGGAAAAAAUGAAGAAAUUGUUGUGUCAACCACUCGACCAGAGACAAUGCUUGGAGACACUGCUGUUGCUGUUCACCCCCUUGAUUCACGGUAUCAGCAUUUACAUGGCUGUUCUGUACAACACCCCAUUGAUGGGCGACUGCUUCCAAUUAUUUGUGAUGAUUUUGUUGAUAUGGAAUUUGGAACUGGUGCUGUGAAAAUCACUCCCGCCCAUGAUAAAACUGACCAUGAGAUUGGACAGCGACAUGGACUGCCCUCUAUGUCGGUCAUCAGUAGAUCUGGUAUCAUGGAGAAUGUGGGUGACAUUUACACUGGAGUGAAAAGAUUUGAUGCCAGAAAGUUAGUGGUGGAAGAUCUAAAGAGACUGAACUUAUACCGUGGCACUAAGAGUCAUGCCAUGACAAUACCUAUAUGUAGCCGCUCAAAGGAUGUGAUAGAACCAUUGGCCAUGGAACAGUGGUUUGUCAACAUGGAGGAAAUGUCUGCCAUGGCUAUCAAUGUGGUGAAAUCUAAGAAGCUUAGUUUUGUUCCAGAAUAUCAUGGAAAAGUUUGGUUUAAUUGGCUCAAGGAUUCACAAGAGUGGUGUAUUUCUAGACAGCUAUGGUGGGGACACAGAAUACCAGCCUAUCAAGCGUACAAUAAAAAUGAGGGUUGUGAGAGCAGUAUAUGGGUGGUAGCUAAAACACCUCAAGAAGCAUUGACAAAAGCAGCACAAACACUGAAUACUAGGGAGGAGAAUAUAGUGAUGAACCAAGAUGAAGACGUCUUGGAUACAUGGUUUUCCUCUGCCUUGUUUCCAUUUUCACCACUCGGAUGGCCAAAUCAGACGAAGGAUUUGGAGAAAUACUAUCCCAUAAGUCUCAUGGAAACAGGAAGUGACAUUCUGUUUUUCUGGGUUGCCAGGAUGGUGAUGCUGGGGCUAAAAUUGACCAAUCAGCUGCCUUUUCCCACGAUAUUACUCCAUGGACUGUUGAGAGAUGCUCAUGGUCGGAAAAUGAGUAAAUCCCUUGGUAAUGUCAUUGAUCCAAUAGAUGUUAUUUCUGGUAUUACACUUGAGGAGUUGCAUAAGAAGGUAGAAGAUGGUAACUUGUCCCCCCAGGAGGUACAGACAGCCAAAGAGGGCCAGAGAAGAGACUUCCCCAAUGGAAUCCCUGCCUGUGGGACAGAUGCUCUCAGAUAUAUGCUGUGUUCUUAUGAUUUCAAAGAUGAUGAGAUUCCAAUGAAUGUUGAUCAUGUCCAGGCCAGAACACGAUUCUGUAACAAAAUCUGGAAUAGCUUUAAAUUUGUCACAAGCUACGCAGACUCUGCCGUACAAUAUAACACACCUAUAGGACAGUCUGGUGAUCUUAUGGACCAAUGGAUACUGAGCCGUCUGUCUAACAUGGUGGAAAUCUGUCAUGAAGGAUUUCAGUCCUAUGACUUACAGUUCUGCACUAAGGCAUUACAGAAUUUCUGGCUGUCUGAUUUCUGUGAUGUGUAUCUGGAAUAUUCCAAGUCCAUUUUGAAUGGUGAAAAUUCUAAUAGGAAGGAAGCCACUAAACAGAUCCUGUGUGUGUGUGUUGAUGUGUUUAUACGAGGGUUGAGUCCCUUCAUGCCAUACUUAUCUGAGGAGCUCUACCAGAGACUGCCCAUUGUAGACAAGGCAGUCAGUGUAUGUGUGGCCAAGUACCCAGAUCCUGCUGAUGUUCCAUACCGAGAUACAGAGUUGGAAAGCCUGGUAGAGAGAGUUAGAGCUAUAGCGACACAUGUUCUCUCUGUGGCCACCAGAUAUAGUAUCAAGAGCAAACAGCUGAAAGUUUAUGUCAGAGUGCCUCAAGAGAGCCAUCUACACACACCCAAUGUGCUUGAAGCUUUACAGAUAAUGACACGAUGUAAAUCUGUAGAGGUUAUCACAGAGGAAAUUCCGGUAGAAUGCACUGUUUAUCACCUGGACAAUAAAACAGAGAUUGGUAUCAUUUUAAAGGGUGUGAUUGAUGUCGACAUGGAGAUCGAGAAAAUAAAUCAAAAACUUGGGAAGCUCGGGAAAAAGAUGGAUCAACUGAUAAAAUCGUCAGAAAAAGCGUCCAAGAUGACGUCACAAAAAAAACAGAAACUUCAGACAGAGAUACUGGAGACAGAAGAAAUGAUGGGACGACUUAGAGAAAGCAUAGAGGAAUUGGAGAGCAUGCGUAAUAAAAAUCGGGACUAGAGAUGACGUCAGACGACGGUUGGCAAUGUAACAAAAGGCACGUGUGUU